GGGAGUUAAUCUACCAGCUCAUCUGGUGAUCAUUAAGAAUACGCAGCAAUAUGUGAAUGGGGCAUACCAGGAGUACAGCAUCAGCACUAUUCUGCAAAUGGUGGGUAGAGCCGGCAGACCACAAUACGACACAGAAGCAACAGCUGUUAUUAUGACUCGCAACGCAGAUAAGGCGCGAUAUCAAUCGCUAUUAGGUGGAUGCGAGCCUCUCCAGAGUUACUUGCACAAGCGCCUGGCAGAGAAUCUGAACAGCGAAGCAGCGUUGGGCACGGUGGGCGACGUGGCUCAAUGUGUUCAGUGGUUGAACUCGACGUUUUUGAACGUGAGGGCCGCCCGCGACCCGAGGAGGUAUCUGGGACUGCCACAGAAUGCACCAAAGCAGCUUAUUACUAAAAAAAUUGAAGAGCUGUGUGUGAGAGCAAUGAACAGCUUGGCCAGCUCUGGUCUGAUCAGGAUGGACGAAGCGUGCUGCAUACAGUCCACGGAAGCGGGCCAACUGGUGUCCGUUUACUACAUCGACGUGGAGACCAUGAAGAAUAUUAUGAAAAUGACAGGCUCAGAAUCGUUAGAGAGUAUUUUGUGGCUCGUGUGUGAAAGUCACGAGCUGUCGGACAUGCACUUGCGAGUCGACGAGCGCAGAUAUCUCAACGCUCUGAAUAGGAACAACGCGGCCGCCGCUAUACGAUUCCCGAUGAAGGGCAAGAUUAACACUCGCCAGAUGAAAUUGAAUUGUAUAAUCCAAGCAGUGCUGGGGUGUUUGCCCAUACCAGAUCCGUCGUUGAACCAAGAGGCGAUGAAAAUAAUGAGGAUCGCAGCCAGAGUUUGUAAAUGUCUUGUAGCCUACGUAACAGGACCGUUUUUAUCCCAGAAAACUAACAUUUACUCAGCUGUAUUAAAUGCGCUAGUUUUGAAUAAAUGCGUAAAGGCACAUCUCUGGGAGAAUUCACCGUAUUUGAGUAAACAGCUCAAAGGCAUUGGCCCCACUUACAGUUCCUUACUAGCAUCUGUAGGAAAGAUAAAUUUUAUGCUGCUUGAAGAGAGUCAUCCUAGAGACUUGGAAAGAAGACAAAGAUUUGCUUAGUGUAUAUGACGGGUGUAUUAAGUGUAACGUUAGUAGGAAACAAAGCCACGAAUACAAACUUAUUGCACACUGUAUCAGUGCUAAUUUUGUUGGCAUCGAUGAACAUUGUGAAUUCGAAAUCAAAGAUAUGUUUCCAAGAAAUGAUAAUAAUAUUAACUGUUCUGAGAUAUCUCAAAACGUAUCUCUAGGAGCUUCAAUAGAUAGCAAAAAAGA